UGUUCUGUUUUUUAUUCCCCUCUUCCUGCACCCAUUCUUCUUCUUCUUCUUCUUCUUCUUCACGCCGUCUCCACUUUUUAAACAUAUUUUCUUUUUAUUUAUUACUACAAGAAACAACAAAUAAAGUGGCAGAGAGAGAGAGACUCACUCACAUCAAUGCAGAAAGGCACAAAGCAAAAGGCAGAGACAAAGUAAAAAAAGAUUAGACUUUUCUUUUCAACAGCUUCGAAUCUGAAAUAAGUCUCUGAAGAAUCUCGAGGCUACCAUGUCUCUCUCCUUCCUUAUCAUCUCCGAAAAUCAAAGAAGCUACGAAGAAGAGCGUGAUUAGGUCGGGAAGAGUUGCAUUUUUACGCAGACUAAGAAGACAGAGUUGAAGUAAGAUCAGAAUGGAGUGUUUAUCUUCUGGUGAACAGAUGAGACUUUUAGAGGAACAAGACAACAAGCGACCAUACCUUGAUGUAGUAAGAUCAGCUUUAUCAGCUGCUGAGAAGAUUGAUAAUGUGAACAUUGACCAAGUAGACUUAUCUCUGCGUGAGACUAGCUCAUUGAACUACGAGGAGGCGAGCGCACUUUUGGGGAGGAUUGAGUAUCAGAAAGGGAACAUAGAGGCGGCAUUGCGAGUCUUUGAAAGGAUUGAUAUCAAUGGGAUCACAAUAAAGAUGAAAACAGCUCUAACAUUUAGACAAGAACCAAAACAUAGAAGAAGAAGAAGAAGGCCUCUUCCUCCUCCUCCCAUGUCUAAACACGCUGUUAGUAUACUCUUCGAAGCUAUUUUCCUUAAAGCAAAGUCUCUCCAGCGUCUAGGAAGGUUCCAAGAAGCUGCACAGUCUUGCGGAGUUAUUCUCGACAUAGUGGAGGCUUCUUCUUUAUCCGAAGCUGAUGUUAACUUGAAGGAGACGCUAGCGAAAGCGGCUGAGCUGCUUCCUCAGCUGUGGAAGCUAGCUGACUCGCCGCGCGAUGCUGUCUCCUCUUACAGAAGAGCGCUUCUCAAUCACUGGGAUCUUGAUCCCGAAACCACAGCGAGGAUACAGAGAGAGUACGCAGUGUUUCUUCUCUACUCCGGUGAAGAAGCUGCGUCGCCGAACCUUCGUUCUCAGAGCGAAGGAUCUUUCAUUCCGAGGAGCAACGUGGAGGAAGCUAUUCUUCUUCUCAUGUUGCUUCUCAGGAAAGUUAACCAGAAGAGAAUCAUCACCUGGGAUGCUGCGGACAUCUUGGACCAUCUCACGUUCGCUCUCACGGUGGCAGGGGAUCUAACCGCUCUGGCUAAACAGCUCGAAGAGCUUAGCCCUGAGGUGUUAGACCAGAGGGAGCUUUAUCACACAUUGUCUUUGUGUUACCACGGUGCGGGAGAAGAUCUUGUAGCGCUCGGUUUACUAAGGAAGCUGGAGGAUCCGAACAGUGUAUCUGGUUUGCUGAUGGCUUCCAAGAUAUGUGGUGAGAGGUCUGGACUCGCUGAGGAAGGCGUAGACUAUGCGAGGAGAGCUAUGGGAAGAAGCUUAGGCGACGAAUGCGUUCAGUUAGACGGUGCAGCGCAUCUUGUUUUAGGCGUUGCACUCACUGAAAGCUCGAGGGGAUCAGCGGCUACUGAGACAGAGCGUGUAGCUAGGCUAUCCGAGGGGAUGCGGACUCUGGAGUCCGCGGAUAUGGCGGACUCCAGAGUCCUGCACCGUCUGGCGUUGGAGAACGCAGAGGAGAGGAAGCUUGAUUCAGCAUUGGCUUACGCUAAGCAAGCUUUGAAGCUUGGAGGAGAGUCUGAUCUCGAAGUAUGGUUGCUUCUGGCUCGUGUUUUGUCUGCUCAGAAGCGGUUUUCAGACGCGGAGAGCGUCGUGGAUGCAGCGGUUAACGAGACGGGGAAGUGGGAGCAAGGGAAGCUGUUGCGUCUGAAGGCAAAGCUCCGUGUAGCCAGAGGAGAAGUUAAGGAUGGUAUCGAGACUUACGCACAGCUUCUCGCACUCCUUCGUGUUCAAAGCAAAAGCUUGGGUUCUGCAAAGAAUGUAGAGGGUUUGAGGAGUCUUGAGCUCGGGACGUGGCAUGAUCUCGCGCAUAUCUAUAUAAACCUCUCGCAGUGGCGUGACGCGGAGACAUGUCUCAAGAGGUCAAGACUCAUCGCUCCUUACUCUCCUGUGAUAUACCACACCGAAGGUGUUCUGUACAAGAGACGGGGCCAGUUAGAAGAAGCCAUGGAGGCGUUUAUAACUGCGCUAGACAUCGAUCCGAUGCACGUCCCGAGCCUAAUAUCCAAGGCUGAGAUUCUACUGGAGGUUGGGAACGAAUCAAGCGUAGCAGUUGUGAGAAGCUUUUUAAUGGAGGCUCUUAGGAUUGAUAGGUUGAACCACUCUGCUUGGUACACUCUUGGGAAGAUGUUCAGAGCUGAAGGAUCUGUCUCGUCUAUGCAAGAAGCUGUCGAGUGUUUUCAGGCUGCGGUUACACUGGAGGAAACAAUGCCAGUGGAGCCAUUCAGAUGAUUCUUUUGUAUCAUUUGAUGUGUAGUUUAUAAAUGUUAAGGGUUAUACAGAGUUUUAACGAAACUCAAUAUGUUUUUGUCAGGUUAUAUUGUAACAUUGAUAAUAGAGAACUUUAAGAGAAAACAAAGUGAGGG